AUGGCUGCAAACUGCACAAAUUUCUGGUCUGUUGACGACUUUACGUCAUGUGCAAAGCAUGUGUAUCUAGAAGAAUAUCUCUAUAUCAUUCUUGUGACACUAUCGGUUGCUUUGCUGCUUUGUCAAACUGUCUCCGGUGCUAAAACUAAAGAUCGAUUUAAACUAAAUGAUAGCAAAGGGAGCACUGAAGAAGACCCUUUACUACCUGACGAUACUCCAUAUUCAGGAUAUCUCACCAUGGAGGAUAUAGAAAGUAACGAAGAAGAAGAAAGCACCAGCACUUCUUCAAUCUCAGCAGACUCUAUAGGCAUAUCCGACCAUUCAGGAUCACCUGCUACUGUUGCUUCUUCAAACAUGCCCAAACUUCUAAAGAGCCGGCAUUCCAAGCUAUCGCCUUCACAAAAACACUUUGAUGUCACUCGUAUAAGACCCGUGAAUCCGGACGGUAGUCCUCUGGGGUAUGUGCGAGUCGUUUUCAGAGAUAAAGGCGAGAAAACGAAGGUAGCGUUGGAGGAGAUUCUUUUGCUGUGUCAUGUAGGCUUGCAGAUACUUCCGUUUUACAUUGCCGGCUUCGCCCAAGAGUGGAAACACUACCAAGCUUCACUUUACAUCAACUUGACCUACUGGGUUUUCCUUUUGCUUGUGUGUACAAUCAGGUUGACCCAUGUUUCUACCGGCUUGAGCUACAAGCUUCCUGACCUUUGGUGGUAUACAUUCACUUUGUAUCUGUUAAACUGGCUUCCAUCUGUGUUUUUGUUCAGAUCCGCGUUGUUGAACCAUGUUGAAACCUCUCAGGCUAAACUUUUCUACAUUGUACAGUUCAUUUUGGACAGCUCCUUGGCUGUGCUUUCUGGAUCUUGUCGCUUUAGUGAUAGGCCUGCUAUUUUAUUGGAGCAGGAUGGCAUUAAACCCUCUCCUGAGAUGCUGACUCCUUUUUUCAGUUCCAUUUCAUAUGCUUGGAUCGACAAAAUGAUUUUUCAAGCUCGUAAGAAGUCAAUCAAUAUGCUAGACAUAUGGGGACUACGAUUUGAUGAUUAUGCAUACCCUGUGUUGAUGAAGUACCACAAAUCCAAGUACUUUUCCAGGUUCACUUAUAAUCUCUUCUACCAAUUUAAAUUUUAUCUUUUUCUUCAAGCCUGCCUCACUACGGUUGAAGGACUGACCGUGUUCAUUCCCUCCAUUCUUUUGAAGCAGAUCUUAGAGUAUAUCGAUUCUCCGGAUACCGGCUCUUCAAGUCUUGCUUGGCUUUUUGUUACCAUAAUGUUUUGUUCAAGUGGAAUCACAUCUAUCUUCAGCGGUAGGGGUUUAUUCUUGGGAAGGAGAGUUUGUACUAGAAUGAAGGCCAUUAUUAUUGGAGAAAUCUAUGCAAAGGCAUUAAGAAGACGUAUGACUGCUGAUGGUGAAGAAGAUACGAAGGGAAAAGAAGACGAGAAGCUUGUUGUUAUCGACCCACUAGCGGAUAUAUCAGACGAAAAUUCCCCCAAGCCUUCCAAAGAGAAAGAUCCAGCCUUUAUCAAAUCGAAGGAUUUGGGUUUCAUUAUUAAUCUUAUGGCUGUCGAUGCAUUCAAAGUGUCAGAAAUAUGCGGUUACUUGCAUUAUUUUGUCAACUCUGUUGUGAUGACUAUUUUUGCGAUCUACUUGUUGUACAAAUUGCUAGGAUGGCCUGCAUUAGCAGGUUCAUUUACAAUUCUUUUGCUUCUGCCACUCAACUACAAGUUGAGUAUGCUCAUUGGAAGUUACCAAAAGGCAAUGUUGAAGAUCACAGACAAAAGAAUUCAAAAACUAAAUGAGACAUUCCAAAGUAUCAGGAUUAUCAAGUUUUUCUCCUGGGAGAAUAAAUUUGAGGACGAUAUCAUGGAUAUACGUAGAGCCGAGCUUGCCUGCUUGAAGAAGCGGUGCAUCGCAAGUGUGAUUGCAUCCUUUGUCUGGAUGGUUACCCCUACCAUUGUCUGCUUGGUCGCUUUCUAUUGUUAUUCUGUGGUUUUGGGUAAACCGUUGACUACACCAAUUGCAUUCACUGCGUUGUCCUUGUUUAACUUGUUGCGUACACCAUUGGAUCAGUUUGCCGAUAUGUUAUCCGAUGUGGUGCAAUCGAAAGUUUCCUUGGAUAGAAUUGAAAGUUUUUUGAACGAGCCAGAAUGUUCGAAGUAUGAACAAUUAAGUUUGAAGAGAAGUCCCAAUUCACCUCUCGUUGGAUUUGAGAAUGCUACUUUCUCCUGGUCUCAGCACUCCAAGAACAACUUUAGAUUGAGAGACAUUAAUGUGAGCUUCAAGGUGGGAAAGUUGAAUGUCAUUAUUGGCCAUACAGGCUCUGGAAAGAGUUCUCUGCUUUUGGCCUUGCUAGGUGAGAUGGAAUUGGAUUCUGGAAAGGUUUUUUUGCCAGGAGGAAUUCCACGUGACGAACUGGUUGCAAAUCCGGUGACUGGUCUUACCGAGUCCGUUGCAUAUUGCGCUCAAACUCCUUGGCUACUUAACGGCACCAUCAAAGAUAACAUUCUAUUUGCAUCUGCUUAUGAUAGAGAAAGGUAUCAUGGUGUCAUUGAGGCUUGUGGCUUGAAACGUGAUCUCGACAUUUUGAACGGUGGCGAUGCUACGGAGGUUGGUGAGAAAGGAGUAACGCUUUCUGGAGGUCAGAAACAGCGUGUUUCUUUGGCUAGAGCAUUGUACUCGACUGCCUCAUACGUGUUGUUGGAUGAUUGCCUUUCAGCUGUGGAUUCACACACUGCAGUGCACAUCUAUGAAGAAUGCAUAACUGGCUGCUUGAUGAAAAACAGAACAUGUAUUUUAGUGUCACACAACAUCUCUUUGACUGUCAGACAAGCUGCCUGGGUUGUGAUUAUGGAGAAUGGUAGGAUUAAGAUACAAGGUGACGUUGAUCAAUUGAUGGAUGAAAACGAGUUUGAUGAUGAGACUGUUAGCAGUGUUCUGGCAUCUCGUUCAAACUCCUCAGCUAACCUUACGAAGCUCGAUCUGUUUGAUAGUAAAGUUAGCAAUACCGUGCAUCCGCAGCUGCUCAGCACCUCUGUGGCUGCACUCGUGUCCAAUGGUAAAACCGAAGGCAUUGUUAGUCGGAGCAACAACGACGAAGAUGAAAUGGGCGAUGUUGCAGCUGGCAAGUUGAUUAAAGAUGAGACUAAAUCGGAGGGCGCUGUUACUCUGUCCGUUUACAAAGCAUACUUCCGAUUUUUUGGUACUAAGAAGACUUGGGCAUUACUUGCCUUUGCAUUUAUUGGCUCACAAUUCAUCUAUGUUGCACAGUCGUGGUGGUUGAGGGUCUGGUCCAUGGCUGAAAACGAGAAGAUGAAACCCGUUCUAGCCAGUGUUCUUGAGACCAAUCUUCGUGGAACCAUGGACUCUGCUCUCAGAGUGUUACAAUCCAUUAGCUGGAAUGAACCUAUCUUAAGUUUAUCAUUUGCUGCCAGCGUAUAUGAGAAAGAUCGUAUUCACUCCACCAUGUAUUAUAUUUUCAUCUACACAUUGAUCGGUGUUCUGUACUCACUUCUUGGCUCUCUGAGAAUCAUUAUUACCUUUUUCUGCAACUUGCGUGUUUCAAGAGAGAUAUUCCAACUCCUUUUGGAUCGUGUUUUGAGGGCCAAACUUCGUUUUUUUGACUCCACUCCAAUCGGUAGAAUGAUGAACAGGUUUUCAAGGGAUAUUGAAGGUGUGGACCAGGAACUUGCAUCGUACGCAGAGUCUGCUGUUGUUACAUUUAUUGCCUGUAUUGCGACGGUAAUCGUUAUUACCUUAAUCACUCCCGUGUUCAUUCUAUUUGCCAUCAUCAUUAUGCUUCUGUAUGUGCAAAUUGGCAUUAUGUACCUAGACUUAUCUAGAGACUUGAAGCGGUAUGAGUCGAUUACCAGAUCACCUAUUCAUCAACAUUUCGCGGAAACUUUGGUCGGUGUUACUACCAUUAGAGCUUACUGUGAUGAGGGCCGAUUCCUCAUUCAAAACAUGCAGAAAAUUGACGACAACAACAAACCUUUCUUUUAUGUGUGGCUUAAUAAUAGAUGGUUGGCUUUCAGAGCAGAUUUCAUUGGAUCCUUGGUUACUUUCCUGUCAGCUGCAUUAGCUGUUAUUGCUGCCAGAAAUAUUGAUUCCGGUAUGGCUGGUAUCUCUUUGUCAUUUGCCAUUUCCUUCAACAAUAGUGCUUUAUGGUUGCUUCGUACCUAUGCUAUUGUAGAAAUCAAUAUGAACUCUGUUGAACGUAUUCAGGAGUAUAUUGAUCAAACAGAACAGGAGCCUCCUGCGGAGACAAAGCAGGAUCCUCCAUCCAGCUGGCCCGAGAGAGGCGAGAUUGAUGUUCAAGAUUUUUCCAUUAGGUAUGCUCCCGGGUUGCCAAGAGUUAUUGACAAGAUUUCUUUUCAUGUUAAUGCUGCGGAAAAAAUCGGUGUUGUUGGAAGAACUGGUGCCGGAAAGUCGACCAUUAUUCAAAGCUUUUUCAGGUUUGUUGAUCCCGACACUGGUUGCAUAAAGAUAGAUGGUGUGAACAUAUGCGAGAUUGGACUUUCUCCGCUAAGAAGAGGACUGACCAUCAUUCCUCAGGAUCCUACUUUGUUCACAGGAACUUUGAGAUCAAACUUGGAUAUUUAUGGCGAGUAUUCCGACUUGGCCAUGUACGAAUCACUAAAAAGAGUGAACUUAAUAUCCAACGAGGGAUAUUCUGAAUUGGUCAACGGUGAACAUCGUUUGGUUGGCCUUCCUACUGUUGGCAAACCCGGAAAUGGGUCAGACGAACAAGGGGAGAAUACCAACAAGUUUUUAGAUUUAGACAGUGAAGUUUCAGAAGGAGGUGGAAACUUAUCUCAGGGUGAAAGACAAUUGGUUUGCCUUGCCAGAUCGCUAUUAAAAGCGCCUAAGAUUCUUAUGCUCGACGAGGCUACUGCCUCUAUCGAUUAUGAAUCGGAUACCAAGCUACAAAAAACAAUUAGGGAUGAGUUUUCUACCAGUACUAUUAUUACGAUUGCCCACCGGUUGAAGACUAUCAUUGAUUAUGACCGGAUUUUGGUUUUGGAUGGUGGAAAAAUUAGGGAGUUUGAUCAUCCAUACAAACUAAUUCAAGAUAAGAAUUCUCAAUUCAGAUCAAUGUGUAUUGAUACCGGAGAGUUCGAUGAUCUUGCUAAGCUUGCGAGGUUAGCCUAUCUCAGAUCCAAACAUUGA